AUGUCUGCACUGUCAGACCAAGCACUUGUUCAAGCCUACUCACGAAUAGUCACGGGUAACUAUAUCGAGGUAGCUUCCACGUGCAGGUACAUCAUUUGCCUUCCAUUUCAUCGCUCACACGGCAUCUGCCCCUCAGGCCUCGUCACUUACGAGUUACUGAUCACCUUCGGCAACGAGAUUGAGAUUGUUUGGAGGAAGCCUAUCACUGCGCGUGCCGUGCUCCUUGGCUCAGUACGAUGGUACCAAGCACUUGUUCAAGCCUACUCACGAAUAGUCACGGGUAACUAUAUCGACGUAGCUUCCACGUGCAGGUACAUCAUUUGCCUUCCAUUUCAUCGCUCACACGGCAUCUGCCCCUCAGGCCUCGUCACUUACGAGUUACUGAUCACCUUCGGCAACGAGAUUGAGAUUGUUUGGAGGAAGCCUAUCACUGCGCGUGCCGUGCUCCUUGGCUCAGUACGAUGGUGUAUGCUCCUCGCGGCCAUCGUGAACAUUGCGCCGGUAACUGCGAAUCUGUACGGCGAUGGAGAUCCUGUACUGGAUAUUCUUCAUCAUUCAAUGUCUCCAGGCCGCACGUUAUUUUCCGCCUUGCGUGUCUUCGCAGUACGGGAUAAGAGUUAUGUCUGGUCGCUGAUAACAUUCGCGUUGAGCAUGAUGCCAUUUGCGACGAAUAUAUACAAUGCGGUAACGGACAAGUAUGGGUUCGAUGCGGACCAGCCAGUGGGAGAAAUAUUCUUGUAUACCACACGCGGCUCCCUCAUCCUCGCUGACGCUAUCGUGCUCAUCCUAACGUGGAUUAGGACAUUCAGACACUGGUGGAAUGCCCGCCGCCUCAAGAUAAAGGCGUCGCUGACGACAUGUUUGCUGCGCGACGGAACCAUGUAUUUUAUAGCUCUGCUGGUUAUCGAUAUAGCCCAGCUGCUUACAUUCAACACCUCUGACACAGAGACAACAAUAGUAAGCACGGUGAUAACAACCGUGCCCUCGCUGCUCAUCAGCCGAUUCAUCAUUAACCUCCGGACGGCCGACUCGACAAUGUCGGACUACUCUAUGCACAUGACUGAUCAGCACCAAGGACAGUCGGCACUGCAGUUCGGAAAGCCAACAGGUCGGUUUGGAGAUAUGGGGGGAACGCUGCAGGAUGGCUGGGGCGACGAACGUUGUGAUGAAGAGAAUGACGUCGCGGAAGUGGGAAAGGAAGGACGUCAUGAAACCAGCGCUGAAGCAUGA